AUGGGUGAUCAUGAUACCAUGACAGAAGUUCCCGCUGCUUUGAAGCGUCUUGCCAAGUACAUGGUGAGGGGCUUUUAUGGGUUGGAGCACUCUCUAACGCUAGAUGUGCUCAUUAGAUAUCCAUGUGUUAAAGAGGAUGACAUUGCUGAACUUCUCAAGUUUGACAAAAAACAACUUCGGGCCGUCCUCAACACCCUGAAAGCCGACAAGUUUGUCAAGUGCAAAAUGCGAGUCGAAACUGGUCCAAAUGGGAAAAGCACCAAGCACAAUUACUAUUAUAUCAACUACAAAGUUUUGGUGGACGUCAUCAAGUACAAACUGGAUCAUGUCCGUCGCAAAAUAGAGUCUGAUGAGAGAGAUUCCAGCACCAGAGCCUCAUUUAAAUGUCCUGGUUGCCAAAAUACUUACUCGGACCUGGAGGUGAACCAGCUCUUUGAUCCGUUCACAGAGCUCUUUCGCUGCACAUAUUGCAAUGUUGAAGUUGAGGAAGACUCUUCAUCUCUACCUAAAAGAGAUGCCAGAACAUUACUGGCGACGUUUAACGAGCAGAUUGAACCUAUAUUUGUGCUUCUCCGUGAAACAGAAGACAUAGUUCUUCCGUGUGACUUGCUAGAACCCCCACCAACCGAUAUUCCAGGACUGACAGAUAUUGUGGAACAGCAGCCCAACGCAGUAUUUAUGGAUCCAGAAGGACAGUACGGGAAAUGGGCCAACAGAAGUUCAUAUGUAGGCAACCUGUACGUCCAGAGCGUGACUAUUAAUGUCAAUGAGCCUGAACUUAAGAAGAAAGGGAAGGAGAAGAAAGUAAAGGAGCAACCUGUAUGGAUGAAAGUGAGCACCGUACAUACUGCCCCCCAAGAAGAAAUGAAUACUAGUCUACCACAAAGCGACCCAGUAACCCCUGACGAAAAUGCCAACAUGAAUGAAAGCUGUGCUGAUAAUGAAGUCAUAAGAACCCUUCUAAUUCACGAGAUGAAAUCCGCUUCCGGACCAGCUGCUACUCCGUUCCCCAAGAGUGAUUCGGAGAGCGAUACUAGCGAGAGCGAUGAAGAAAAGAAACGUGCAAAGCCAAGGGUGGCUCAGCCAAGCAGCAGCGCAGAGCAAGAGGAGGAAUCGGAGACCGUUGAUCCUGUGGUCAUGGUUGGUGGCCAGCCUCAUGUCUACAGUGAGGUCAGUCAGAAUCCAGAACUUGUAUCUUUUAUGACAGAUGAAGAGAGGGAAGUCUAUAUCCAAGUAGGACAAAAAAUGUUCCAGUCUGCCUUUGAAUGAAGACAUAGGAAGGUUGGAAUUCAUCUGCACUCUGCAGUAAUGUGGACAUUUUUCACAUUCUGGUGAAUCGAUCCUCAUCACUUAGUUUGGGCAAGUAACGUUUCUGUUUAGGUUGGGUCUUUCUGUUUUGCACAUUGAUUUCAGCAAUAAAUGGAGUUUCUUC